CCCAUUGUUUACUGGCGUCCACAAAUAAUAGUGGUUCUCUUCGGCAGGUGCUAGGCGGCUCCCCCUUGCGCCCAAGGCAAUCCUGAUCCGCCUCCAAGGUGUCCCGUCCCCCUCGCGAUUUCUUCUAGUAUCUGAAUCAGAUCUCUCUGCGUCCAGAUCCAUCUCAGUUUACCACUUCCUUGCAUUACUUGUGGUAAGUCGAGAUCCAUCCAUGGAAGAACUGAUGAAGGAAGCACACGCCCUGUUCUGCGGUGGCUGGGGUGUAAAAGAGUCUCAGGUUUUCAUGAGCACGCUCCAACAUCUAUUAACGGCGGCGACCCAGACCGACGACCCUGACGCCGCAAAGACGAGGUGCUGGGCGACUCCCCAGCGCUGGCUACUCACGCUAGACACGACUUCGCUGCGCGCCGCGCUGUGGAACCCCUCGACCAAGAAGAAGGUCGACCUCCCAUCAAUGGACAAGGACUUACCCCAGAACUGCAAGUGCCUGCUGUCGCGCGAGCCCGAUUCUCGGGCGGGCUGCGUGGUGCUGGUCGUCGACGACGACGAGCCAGUGAUCUGGUUCUGCCGCGUCGGAGGCGCGCAAUGGAGCAGGCAUGAGUACGACAUCACCGUCGAAAAGCCACGGGGUUCUCAUGCCGUCGUCCUGCUGAAAGACGAAGAUGAACUCGCGCGCUUCUCUCGUGACGGAGAAACAGUGCCAUCGGUAUUCGUCCUGGAGAAACACAACUGGACAGGAGUAAGAGUAUCGUCGAGUAGUGGUAAUCCCGGCGGCAGCCGUUCGGAGAGGCUCCAGAUACGGAGCAUCGCCGCCGUCGACGGCAGGUUCUACUUCGACGUGUCCGCCUCGAAGCUCGGCGUCCUCGACUUCCUCCCGGGCCCGGUGUUCACCACGCUCGACACGGAGCGACUACGAGUCGAGCGGAGCUGCUGGGAGCUGGCCUUCUCCCACCUGGUGGAAUCCCGAGGGAGGCUCUACCUGCUGGCUAUGACCGGGAGUGCUCUGUCCAGCAUGGAACUCUACGAGAUGGAUUUCUCCAAGCUCGCGUGGUCACCGGUGGAUCGCGUCUACGAUCAGGUCUUCUUCCUGGGCAGGCUGCGUUUCACGGCGUCGUGCUCUGCGUGGGAGCUUGGUCUGACGCGGGCGAGGCUUGCCUGCUCUGCGAAAAUGCUCCCAUCCGUGCUCCGUGGCAAAGCAGUAGCUCCUCCACGGCCGGCGAACACCGCGAUGUUGAUCUGCUUGCUUGUCGGAGCGGGAGGGUUUGCUCCAUGCUCGUCCCAUGGCGGCGCUCGUGAGCGAACUGCGCACCAACCCUGCGGCCACGACGUCCCUCGCCCCGCGCGGCGCUCGUAGGCGAGCUGCGCGCCGUUCCUGAGGCCGCACCCUCCGUCGCCCGGCGCGGCGCUCGGUGGCGAGCUGCGCGCCGUUCCUGAGGCCGCAGCCUCCGUCGCUCGGCGCUUCGCUCGUUGUCGACCUGCGCGCUGUUCCUGAGGUUGCAGCCUCCCGUCGCCGGGCGCGGCGCUCGUCGGCGAGCUGCGCGCCGUUCCUUCUCGGCGGUCACCUUCGUGGCCCUGUUUGUGGCGUUUGUCGCGCCCCAGCUACUGAGCUUCGUCCAGCACGUACCAUAACAUGGCUGCGAAGACUUGCCGUGGUUGAAGUGGAGCAUUUAAUGCUGGGUGUCUUAUCAUCAUACCAAUGGGGUGCUGUAGUGAGGCAUUCGGAGUUGGGUGUCCUGUCAUCGUACCAACGGAUGGCUGCAGUGAGGCAUUUGGAGCUUGGUUCAUCGUACCAAUGGACGACUGCAGUGAGGCAUUCAGAGCUGGGUGUCCUCUCAUUGUACCAAUGGUUGGUUGCAGCGAGAAAUUUGGAGCUGGGUGUCCUCUCAUCGUACCAAGAGACGGCAAUAGUGAGGCAUCCAGAGCUGAGUUGCAUUGUUCUGAAUAGGUAUACACGUGAUUUGUCGGAACUCCCAAAUGAUCCUGUGAGUAGUAGUACCAAAGGUUAGUGUCCAUAAAUCUUUAAAACGAUAAAACUAAAAUCUGAGUGUAGGUAGCUUAUACCAUUAAGCUAUUGUAAUGUUGCAAUUCAGCUGGCAAUCUUUGGUCUUGUCCAUACAUCGCCAUAGGAUUUAGGAUUGGGUUGUACUGUGGUAGAUAUGCAGGCAUUUGAUUCGUAAAAACCUUCGAAUGACCCUAUAAAACAUGGUGUGAUAAAUCUUGUAUAACUUAAGUUUUUAUGUCAGAUCAAGUGUGAAUUUAUUUAUACCAUUGAGGUGCCAUGAGGUUGUAGUGCUACAGGAUUAUCUACUUUCCUUUUCCUCUUUGAUUUUGCUUUCUCUAAGCCACCAAUAGGUCUACUUGCUCCUUGAAUAGUCUUCUCCUUCAACUUGAUACCUUUUGGCUUAGCAAGCCCCUUAUUUUGUUUUGAACUUGUACAUGAGUUAAUGUUUGGUUCUGCAAAUAUAUAUUUAAAUAAAAUUCAAGUUUGAUAACAUUAUAAAACUACACACCCAUAUUAGCGGGUCUACUUGACCCUCGAACAGUCUUGUUUUUAACCUUGUUACCUGUUGGAUUGGCAAAUCCCUCAUUUUGUUCUGAACUUGUAGACGGGUUAAUGUUCGGGUCUGCAACUAUAAAAGCAAACAUAGGUUAGUUUGAUGAGAUCAUAAAACUAAACUUACAGACCUUGUGCCAAGGGAGUUACAUAUAUCUGGAUGUCUGUUUGAUCCUCGAGCCGUCUUCUCCUUGACCUUCAUUCCUUUUGGCUUGGUAGGCCUCUCAUUUUGUUUUGAACUUGUAGUCGUGAUAUUGUUUGAGUCUCCAACUAUAAAAGUAAAUAUAAAUUUAAGCUUGAUGAGAGCAUAAAACUGAAUGUACAUACCUUGUGAACAAACAGAGUUACCUGUAUCCGGAUCAGAUCUAUGUUUUAGACAUUUCUCCACCUCUUCUGCUAAUUUCUCUGCAUAAUUAGCAGCCAUCAAGUAUGACUCUUCAGACUCUGCGGCUCGAGCAGCUAUUUGGAUAAACAUUCUGCACAACUCUUUAUAGCGUUUUGUCAGUAUUGUUUUGCGGUCUUCAUGCAGGUUGCAGUUGCUUGUUAUAUCCAAAACUUUUGCAUCAAUUGUCCAUCUUUUCAAGAUGUACUGUUGAGGGAUGUGCUUGAUAUUAUUAAUGUCAAGUACCUUCAAGGAAUGAGAGCAAAGAAUUCCAGCAAAUUCAAACUUCUUGCAACUGCAAUUGACCUUUUCUUCUUUUGGAAAAAAUUUAACAACAUGAUCACGCUCUGUACCAUGAAAUUUUACUUUGUAAACCUUCUCCUCGGUGUCACUGUCAUCACAAAGGAAUGUAUCAUAGUUUAAGGUCCGAAGCACUUGUUCCUGAAACAUCUUGAAUAUUGGUGGAGUAUAUGUAGUUGAUGCUUGCCUUAACAUAUAGCUUUCUGCCUUCAGCUUAGGAGUACUUUGUGUUGCUUUGAAGUCACAUCUCACCUCUUCAAAUCUUUUAUCUACAACUAGACGUUCGAAAUGCUCAAAAAAGUAAGCAUGGCAUACUUAGAACUAAUGUAACGUUUUAGUUCGUUGUUCAUGCUUUCACUCCUUUGGGUACUGCUCAUGUGUGCAGAGAAAGUAUUCCUGCCAUAUACUAGGGCCAAAUGCUCCCUUUUCUCAAAUAACCUUUGGAGCCAUGCAUUGUCCCGGAGUCCAUACUUGUCAAGCAUUUCAUUCCAUGCACUUAUAAAUUCAUCUUCCUCCUCAAUAUCAUAGAUACAAUGCUGAAAAUCAGCAUUGAACUUCUUGUAAUCUGUAACAACUCCACCAAGAUGUUUGAUAGCAUUUUGAUUCAUAUGCCACACACAAAGUCUAUGGUGAGAGUGAGGCAGGACUGAACGGAUCGCCUUAGCCAUUGCCGCAUCUUCGUCAGUCAGAAUUGUAUGUGGAUGCUUUCCAGACAUUACUGUUAAAAAUGUUCUAAAAAGCCAAGCAAAACUUUCUGAUGUUUCAUCAUAGAGAAGUGCAGCACCAAACACAAUUGUUUUCUUGUGAUUAUUUACACCAACAAUUAAACCAAACGGACGCCCAUCGUCUAGUUUCCUGUAUGUGGUGUCAAAACAUAUGACAUCACCAAAUAAUGCAUAGUCUGAGACCAUUUUGGAGUCCGUCCAAAAUAUAUUAGUUAUCAAAUCAUCCUCAUCAACUUGAAUUGAAUAAAAAAAGAGUGCUGCUACACAGACGACGCUGCAUAGCCGAUUUUGGGACGACACUGUCAAUCAAACCAUCCAUGCAGAGGAUAAACUGUAGCACAACCAUUGGAUGUAGUGUCGUCUCCAAAUCGGCCAGCGUGUGUCGUUUGCUAAGUAGUUUCGAUAAAAAAACUUGACAUCUUCUGAAACCUUCUUCUCCAUAUAUUCUAACACUCCACCAGUGUCACCCACCUUUGCUUUUAGUGUUCUCUUUGAGUACAAACGAUUUUUCAUGUCUGUGCUUAUAAAGCCAAGGUUUUCAGGUCCACAUGCCUCUUUCGUCAUUAGAUCAAUAGUUGCUUUAUUUGAAAUGCCCACUGACUUUGCGACCUCAGCAUUGGCUAGUUGAGCUUCAGUUACUUUCCUGUGUGAUCUUAAGUAUUGCGACAUAUUUCCAGUAGCAAGACUAUGGUUGUGGGCUUCCUUAAAUUCGUAUACAUAAUAAAUCCCAUUAUUAAGACUUAUCUUCAUACGUGCAUCACAACCACAUCGUGUCUCAGGCCUACUAUAACUGAAUUUCUCCUCUCUUUUAUCUUCCGCACGAACUCCUAUUAGUUCAAGUAUUUUUCUUAGUCCCAUCUAAAAAUGCAUAUGACCAGAACAAGUUAGAACUAGUCCAUACCUUGACGAGAACAUGUGAAUGUCCGUUGUUGUAUUGUACUAGAAUUUUUUUACUUUAUGUUGAUUGCCUCUUCGGAUGCUAAAACCCAUGGAAUAAGCAUACUUGUUAUAGAAGGAAUAAGCUUCUUCUUCAGAUAAAAACCGCAUGCCAAGCUUUGGCACCCCUUUUUCAAUUUGCUCUGUUGCAUUGCUAGCUGUAGUUUCUUCGAAUCCCUGUUUAAAUUAGUAGUCACUUUAGCAAUUGGUUCAAAUACAAGGAAAAGGAGAAGAAACCUAUCUGUGUUGUAAAUCAACAAAUAACCUUGCUAUGUCUAUUUAUUUUGAUUUCACGAUGGAAUGAAAAGGAGUAGGCAUUCCCAACUAAUCAGAGGUAUGUCUUUGCCCCUUGAGCCAUUACAUUUCUCUUAUAUGUCUUUUCCCCUUGAGCCAUUACAUUUCUCUUAUAUGUCCAGCAUCAUUGUCAGUUUUCAUUUAUAUAUACCCAUCAGUAAUACAACUUUGUAUUGUGUAAUCUGUGCAAGACAUAUUGUUAACUGGAUAUUACGCACAGGGAGUACGAAAUAUUCGCUUCUGUUGUAUAGGUUUAUUUUGCUAUGCCCUACCAGUGACAACAAUCACAAAAACCUGAAAGCCAUAGAUCCGUAAAUUGCAGGACUGGGAGAAGAUAUUGGAUCAGAGAGAAGGAAGAACGCAAUGGAAGACAUAGCUUACAUUUGGGGGAUCUGAUUCCUCAUUGGUCCCGGCAAGAAUUGGUGAAGACGCCAUCAAGUUCCUCGUAUCCCUCUGUUGGAUCUAUAUUUGUAGAUAGAUUUGAUGGAGGUGUAUGAUGUGGUUUGUUUGGAGUAACUGUGUACGGGAAAAGUUCACCACCAAUGUUUUGGCGCGCAAGAGUGAUUUAUUUCCCUCCAAA